CUCGUCAGUAUUUUACUCAUAAGAGUCUGUGCCUGAUAAAAUAUUUUACCUUCCAUGGAAAAUCAAGCACAAGAUAGCGGUAGUAGGCGCAGCGGUGGCUCGGAAACUGAGAGAAAUGAGCCGGUUCGAUCCCGGUGGACUCCGAAGCCAGAGCAAAUCCUAAUACUUGAGUCCAUCUUUAACAGUGGGAUGGUGAACCCUCCAAAGGAGGAAACAGUGAGAAUCAGAAAACUGCUAGAGAAAUUUGGUGCAGUUGGAGAUGCUAAUGUUUUCUACUGGUUCCAAAACCGUCGGUCAAGGUCCAGACGCAGGCAGCGCCAAAUUCAGGCAAGUGUUAGCGGUGGUGAACAACCACAAACUCAACCGUGGACUGGCGGUUGUGAUACAAUUCAGUAUGAAAAUACAGCUGCAGCAGGUUCUGCGCCUUCCUUCUAUAAUUUCCCAAUGUCCUCGAGCUCCAGUUUAUAUGGUUCUUCUUCAUCUUGCACCGAGAAUGACGCUUCCAAUGAUAUGUUCUCACUUUCCGGCCACCCGGCCCUCCCAGAAAUCGACCAAAAUCAUCAUUUCCUUUUUUUUUUUUUUUUUUUUGCAAAGCGAAGACAAAUGCUUGUAAUUAAAAACCAAAAAACAAAUCUGAAAUUUAUUGAUAAUUUCACAGAAUUCUCUCUUACUUUUGACUUUUCAGGAUUGAUAACAGUAUAUAUCAACGGAGUUGCAACAGAAAUACCAAGAGGGCCUCUGGACAUGAAAGCAAUGUUUGGACAAGAUUUCGUGCUGUUUCAUUCGUCAGGAGUACCAGUUCAAGUCAAUGAAUAUGGAUUUCUGAUGCAGAGUUUGCAGCAUGGCGAGAGCUAUUUUCUGGUUCCAAGACAUUCUUAAAUUGGAAUGAUCACCUCGUUGUGGGAGCUUUCUAGUUUAGUACUUUGGAAAUUCAAGCAAAUUUCUUAGUUUAGUAUAUUAACAUCUUUAUGUUUCCUUUUAAUUCUUGUAAUAUUGUUUGUUCGUUUUCAUUCUCCUCCUUAAAUGAAAUAAA